AUAUUACUUCUAUGUCAUAGUUGUAAUUGUCUUGUAAUUUGCAUCAUGAUGCCUCAAUGGUAACUGCUGGUUAAGAGGUUGUGUGUGCGCGCGUGUGUGUAUGUAUUGAUCAACAACUUCCCAUUAUGAGACUGAAGAAGAAAGAUAGAGGACUUCAUACACAUAAAUCCUUUAUUAGAAACCAGAGAAAGUUCAGAGAAUACAGUUACUUGCUUAAAGGUUAAAAGGUUUUCAUGUUCUUUUGGGAUAGCAAAGCUUAUUUUUCAAAUACUUCUUUCUUUCACUAGCAUGAGUAGCCUCUGGUUGUUUUGUAAACACCUUAUUUUUGAUCCUUGAAAUGAAUAAUUUGGGAGAAGCUAUUGGCAUACAAAUAAUUUAGGUAUAUUCUACUAGCCAGUUUCUAUACAGACAUGCACCUACACCCAUGGAAUACAUACUAGACCUCAUUUAAUUUUAAGCAGAGUAAUCACAGAACGGACUGUAUCAGAAGGAAUGAUAAUCGUAAAGUAUGGGAAAAAUUAUUCUCUUUGGUUGAUAUGAUUAGGUAUCAGUUACAGAAAGAGUAGAUCAGGCUUGGAAUACACCACCCAAAUCUUUAAAAGUGGAAGACUUAAAUGUUUCUUUUUCUGUUGAUAUAAUUUUACACCGUGAGAUUCUGUGUAAUUUUUUGGCUAACAAGCGCUCCAAGGUGUUUAAUUCAUGGCCAAUAGGAAAGAUUCUUUCAAUAAAAACAUUAGUUUGCUGAUUUCCCAAAGUAGAUUUUUGUGUUAUUUUUGCAAAGGUUUUAAUAUUUAUCAGUGUCUUAGAGGCAUCUCCAGAUAUCAGUUAAUUUGUGAAGUUCUUAGAUUAAACUUUCAGUCCUGAGACUGUUGAUUACUUUAUUAAAGACAGAAAGAUGGUUUGGAUAUAAAAUCUGUAUUUCCUCCUGAUAUCAGGAAGCUUUUUGUAGCUUCAGAAUUAUUGUUCAUUUUAUAUUUAUUGUGCUUAGAAAUGCUGACUUGAGAUGGAGAAAUCUGGGUCUUGAACCAAAGAGUAUUCAUAUUUAGGUGCCCUUCAUUCAUAGUCAUUUGUUCCAGGGACUCUGCAGGGGGCUGUCAUGCUGUGCGUGGGUGUGGAUGGGUGGGUGUGUGUGGUGUGUGUGGGGGGGUGAUGUAUGUCAGAGGUUACAAAUCAUAUCAAUUCAUAUCAAUAUAUUUAAAAUGCCAAUUUAAGAAUUGUUUUCUUUCAUGUUUACAAUGUAUCUUACUUUUUUCCAUUAGCAUCCCCCCCCGCCUUUUUUUUCCUUAAAUCCAUCAGCAUAUAAUUUAUGGCAGGGAACACAGUGAAAUUUAUAAUGUGACAGUGUGAUAAUAGCCAAGACUGUCAAAAUAUGACAGCCAUCCUCUCUAAUUAGGCUCAUUUGUGUUCUUAAAACUUGAGAUGCAUGUAUAAAAGUAUUAUUUUCUUCUGCUUGCUCUUACUGGCAGUCUGCUUUUUUCCUGUAUUUGUCACACUAUAGUGUACCAGUGCUAUACUUUCUAAUCAGGAUUUGGUAAGAUUUAUCUUGCUUAUUGAAGUCUAUCAAAGUACAUUCAGAUUUUUUCUAAUGGAAACAUCAGUUUUCAUAUGAACUGAUUGGCCAGAAGUGAUGCUAAGUUGCAAUGUAAACCCCAGGAUUUCUUUCUUAAGUAUAACUUUUACAAUUAGAACACAGACAAGUUAUCGGACCUAACAGCUUUUACAAUUUAAAAAACAAUUUCCCAGAUCAUCAUCUUUUUAAAAUUUUAUAUCUCCAAUCCUCAUACCUUUUAUUUGUUUUUUUUGUUUUUUUUAAAUUAUGGGGGCCUCUACCUCCAGUAUUAUGUUGAAUAGCUGUAGUAAUAGCAAGUAUUCUUGUCUAAAGGUAAUGAAUCUAUAAAUUUUUUCCAUUAAUUGUGAUGUAGAUUUUGGGAAGAUGUCCUUUAUCAACUUGAGGAAGUUAAGACAUUCUAAGUUUGCAUAACCGAUUACUCUGUUGUUUCCUUGCACCUACAUAGCCGUUGACACCCUGAUACAAUCUGAUUGUUUUUCUUACGGGGGUGGGCUGCCUUUUCUCUCUAGAAAGUUUUGUAUAAUUCUCUUUCUUUGAGGUUUUAAAGUUUUACAAUAGUAUGUCUAAGUGUUAUUUUAUCAUACAUUCUGUUUUACUCUCUAAUCCCUUUCAAUCUGAAAGAGCUUUAAUUCUGGAAAUAUCCUGUGUGUUUUUUUAAAUCAUUUCUCUUUUGUUUAUUUUUCUUUUUCUGGAACUCAUUUUACACCUCUAUGUGCUGUAUUUCUUACCUUUUUAUGCCUAUUUUUACAAUUCUCCCCACCCCUGUGUGUUUUGUCUUUCCCCCUUUCAGUUUUAUUGAGAUAAAACCUUAUUAUAUGUUGAUCUUGAUCUUAUUCCUAACUUUUUCAUUGGAGCUGAUUGGCUCACUUUUUUUUUCUAACCAAAGGACAAAUUGUAAAGGACAAAUAACCAAUAGAAUCUACUAUAAUUAUAAAACAAAUGGUAAUACAAUGAUUAGGAAACAUGGAGAACCAAUUCAAGUAAACGUGGGAAGAUUGGACAAAGCAACUGAAACAAACUUGUUCAGAAACCAGCAAUAAUCGUUUAGGUUCAGAAAUUUGAGCCAGACUACAGCAAGUGAUUUAAAGAGGAUAAAGAACAAAUUAGAGUCAAGGAGAGGGGAACACAAGAAAUACGGAAGUAAAAUACAUCAGUCUGGUUACAGUAAACAAGGGAAGCCACAACAGCCUUGUGCUCCUCACUGCGGCACUAAUGUAGGUAUCACUGUAAACUUAAAAAAAGGCAAAGAUGGGUGAAAAGAAACCAGAGCCUUUGGACUUCGUGAAAGAUUUCCAGGAAUACCUGACUCAGCAGACCCACCAUGUGAACAUGAUUUCUGGAUCAGUUAGUGGGGACAAAGAAGCAGAGUCUCUUCAGGGAGCUGGAACAGAUGGUGAUCAGAAUGGACUUGAUCACCCAUCUGUUGAAGUUUCCCUGGAUGAAAACUCAGGAAUGUUAGUGGACGGGUUUGAAAGGACCUUUGAUGGGAAGCUCAAGUGCCGGUACUGCAACUAUGCCAGCAAAGGGACAGCCCGGCUUAUUGAGCAUAUCAGAAUCCACACAGGUGAGAAACCUCAUAGAUGUCACUUAUGUCCAUUUGCAUCUGCUUAUGAGCGUCAUCUGGAAGCCCAUAUGCGUUCCCAUACAGGAGAAAAACCAUACAAAUGUGAAUUAUGUUCCUUCCGCUGCAGUGAUCGAAGCAACCUGUCCCAUCAUCGAAGGCGCAAGCAUAAAAUGGUACCCAUUAAAGGUACUAGGUCUUCCUUAAGCAGCAAGAAAAUGUGGGGGGUUUUACAGAAGAAAACAAGCAAUCUGGGCUAUAGCAGAAGAGCACUAAUCAACUUAAGUCCGCCUUCUAUGGUGGUUCAGAAGCCAGACUACCUUAACGAUUUUACCCAUGAACUCCCAAACAUCCAGGCUGACUCCUAUGAAAGCAUGGCGAAAACCACGUCAACUGGUGGCCUACCAAGGGACCCCCAAGAACUCCUGGUUGACAACCCUUUAAAUCAGCUCUCCACUCUAGCAGGACAGUUGUCCAGUUUGCCACCUGAAAACCAAAACCCCGCAUCCCCUGAUGUAGUGCCCUGCCCCGACGAGAAGCCUUUCAUCAUGCAGCAGCCCUCUGCCCAGGCAGUGGUUUCUGCCGUGUCAGCAAGUAUUCCUCAGAGCUCCUCCCCCACGAGCCCCGAACCUCGGCCAUCGCAUAGUCAGAGGAACUACAGUCCGGUGGCAGGUCCAAGCAGUGAACCAAGUGCCCACACGAGUACACCCAGCAUAGGAAACAGCCAGCCCAGCACUCCGGCUCCCACGCUGCCGGUCCAGGACCCGCAGCUGCUCCACCACUGCCAGCACUGUGACAUGUACUUCGCCGACAAUAUCCUCUACACGAUUCAUAUGGGAUGUCAUGGGUAUGAGAAUCCUUUUCAGUGUAACAUAUGUGGAUGCAAAUGUAAAAACAAGUACGAUUUUGCCUGUCAUUUUGCAAGAGGGCAACAUAACCAACACUGAUUGGCAACAAUCACAUUAUGCUUUUCUUGGUUUUGCCUUUCUGUGUUUUGUAGUUUUGGGGUUUUUUUUUGGGGGGGGGCGGGUCCAUCCUUAAUAAGGUGUCUGCUAAUUUAAAGUUUAUACAUUAUAUUUAUAGAAAACUUUGACAAUGGAAACAAAUUUUCCUUUUUGUGGUUUUUUUUUUUUUUUUUUCAUAAAAGUCUGGUUAGGGUCAUUUAUGUAUUAGAACAACUAGAUACACUGGUGUCUUAUUUCUCGCUUUCAGUUAGACAUUUGAGAAUUGGAGUGCAUUCUCAAUCUUAUAGGUGUUCAUUUAAAUUCCCCACACUUAUGGUCCAUAAAAACUUCAAAGAUUAUCAAUACUCUUGAUGUUUCAAUAUAUACAUUGUAGCUAGAUGUUAUUUCUGCCAUAUUUUAAAGUGGUAAAAUAAAGUACUUUCUCUUAUAAAAUGUUAUGACUUAUUUCAAUGUUUAGUAGAGGAAUUGCCUUUAAAAUUGCUCUUAAUUGAAAUACUGUUUCGUUUACAUAGUUUCAUUUCAACUGAUAACAGUAAAGCCAUUUCAGCUAUAGUAAACCUUUCUUUUUCCAUAAGUGGCAAUAUAAAACAGUUAAUUCUUUUGAAAUUAAAGUUAUAAAAUAUGAGAAAGUUCUGAAAAGAAAUAAAACUUAAGGCUUUACAUUGAAAAUGGAGUUCAGUAUUUAAAAUACCUGUUUAUUCAACUUCUAGUUUAAACACAUGUCAGUUUUCCAUUGGAUUCUUUUUCUUAUACAUCUAAUUUAUUUUAGAAACCACAGGUAAAUACAUGAGAACACUAGAAAUAUCGGAGGAUUAUCUAUGAAGAUACUUUUUUUUUUCCCUUUUAAUUUGAACCUUGCAUUUAAAUCCUUCAUUCUGACAUUAUUAGUGUCAGGUAAGGUUGAUAACUAUACUAAGAAUCUGUUAUUGCUCUUAUUCCGUUGAUGACCAAAGAGGUACAGUGGAAGUCAUCCAUCUUAUUCCUAGAAAUGCAGUCCUUAAAAAAAACAAAUCUCUGAAGUUUCAUUUUCCUGCCUUAUAUUCAUUUGUUGUCCAUAAUUUCCCCAAAAAAAGGUGGGUACAGAAACACAUGGGAAAAUGUAAUUAUGAAGUAAUAUUUUAAAAAAUGAGAACAUAUAUCCAAAAUGAAUUCCGGUGUUCUCUUCAGAAGUGGCCAUUUAAAAUAUUUUGUGUGACUUUUAAGUUGUAAUGCUUAUUUGCAGUUUUGCCAAUCUUUCCUGUACAGUGAGUGACAAAACUAUAUGGAAAUGGAUUAGAAGGAAAGGAUACAAAAAUGUAAAAAUAGAUAUAAAAUGCAUUUGAACAUAUUUAAUUUGUUUACAAAAAUAAGACUUGCUAAAUAAAUCUAGAGUAAUUUUGAAUAGGAGGCUAUUGUUUAUAUAUUGUGUAAUAACUAGCUUACUCUGAAGAGAGCUUGGUCAAACAAUAAAAUAUAUUGUUACUAAC